AUGGCAAAAACGGAGCAGGGAAAUGGACUGGAACUCCAUGACAACACAGAGAAGCUGACGGAUAGCAAAGGGAAAGGUGAAUCAAAUGGAAUGGACCCGGAGGUAAACGGCUCCAUCCCCGAAGACAGGCAGGUGGACAAGUAUGGCUUCACUGGAGGAACUCAGCAGGAACUUGCAGAAGAGGUCCCCAUUGCAGUGUUGAGGCAACGCGAAGCUAAAUGGCUGGAGAUGCUGAACAGUUGGGACAAGUGGAUGUCUAAAAAACACAGCAAGGUAAAGGAGCGCUGUCAGAAGGGGAUUCCUCCUUCCUUGCGAGGCCGAGCCUGGCUCUACCUCACAGGAGCCAAAGUAAAAAGGGAGCAAAAUAAGGGAAGGUUUGAGGAACUGGACAACCAACCAGGAGAUCCAAAAUGGGUUGACGUCAUUGAGAGGGAUCUUCAUCGACAGUUUCCUUUUCACGAAAUGUUUGCAGCCAGAGGAGGCCAUGGGCAGCAGGAUCUGUUUCGCGUGCUGAAAGCUUACACUCUCCAUCGACCAGAUGAAGGUUAUUGUCAGGCUCAGGCUCCUGUUGCUGCUGUUCUCCUGAUGCACAUGCCAGCUGAGGAUGCCUUUUGGGUUCUUGUCCAGAUCUGUGAAAAAUACCUUCCUGGAUACUACAGCACAGGACUGGAGGCGAUCCAGCUGGAUGGGGAGAUCCUAAACGCUCUGCUGCGGCGGGUGUCGGCUUCGGCUCACCGCCACUUAAAGAAACAUAAACUGGAGCCCAUCCUCUAUAUGACGGAGUGGUUCAUGUGUGCCUUUUCUCGGACUCUGCCCUGGUCCUCUGUGCUGCGCGUGUGGGACAUGUUCCUCUGUGAGGGAGUGAAGAUCCUCUUCAGAGUCGGCCUGGUUCUCCUAAAAUGCAUGUUGGGAACACAAGAAAAAUUGAAGUCCUGCCAAGGGUUAUAUGAAACAAUGGAACUGCUGAAAAAGAUCAGCCCACAGUACAUGCGCGAAAGCUUUCUGGUUCAGGAGAUCAUAGAGCUGCCAGUGUCUGAGAAGGACAUUGAGAAGGAACACCAAGCUCAGCUCCGGCGCUGGAAGGAGACUCACGGAGAUCUAAACUGCAAGUCCCCUCCCAGAAUGCACGGCGCUAAGGCCAUCAUGGCUGCAGAGCCACCAAGCCGACAGGAGCUGAGACAGAGACCGACCAUCAUUGUAGAGUCUCCUUUAGAAUCAAAAACAGAUGUGGUGUCAGAAGCAAAUGGCAAGACAAAGACUACAAAGGAAAACGGGCAUACGGCUGUCCUCCCUACUGAGACCGUUAAUCCCGGUGAUCCCUCCCCCGCCCUUCAAUCCUUGAACAUCCAGGGGUCCAAAGAGAGUCUGAGCAGCGACGAUCUGGACACGUAUCUUUAAAGGCGAGGUUUUCACCAAUUUAUAACAUUAAUCAUUUCAAACGGUUCUGUUUGAACACCAGCACUCAUCAGAUUUUAAAGCUACAAUAAACCGAGCUUUGCAGCAGAAGGAAGUUUAGUCCUCUCUUUGAAGUCUCUUAAUAGAUUCCUCUAAAACCCCUUUCCUACUAGCAGAAAAACGCGUUUAAACUGCGGAACAAUCGUCUUUUAUUGGCAGUGGGGACAGCUCACUGACACGUGUCUAACCGGCUCAAAGGACUCGGUAAGCGACCCGGGUUAAAAUCGUCUCGGCUCUGAUUGGUGUACUGUCGGAUCACCAGAACCGGGUUGACCCGCUAAAUUACGUGACACCAUUGAACACACCGCGCCAACAAAGUCUGAUCUAACAAGCCGAAACAACCCUGUUUACAUUCCAUAAACAUGGCGCAGCACUGGUGAGACGGACUCGGAAAGAUAUAGACCAAAACAAUAAAGCACACUUACUACGCCCUGGCUUCCUUACAUGUUGCUGUCAACUGUUUACUUUCCUAAUUUCUGUCAUGCUGCUCCCUCCUAGAUUCAUCCAGUAAACUUCUAAAAAUCGUUUAAAUCUCAGGUAGUUUUCUGGAAUUUUGCAGAAAUCUAAGAUUUAUUAUUCUUAAUGAGAAUAUUGAUCCAUCUAAGCUUAGUGAACAAGGUUUUUAACUUGUAUGAGCAAUCAUUUUAGAUAUGUCACUAAUGGGCCGUUCAUGGUGAUUGGUGUUCAUACAAUCUAGCUUAAAUUAUCCUAAUCGAUGGGAGGAUCCUUUUCAUUCUUCUGUUUUUCUCAGAUUUGUGACUUGAUCUCAGACAUUCACACUAACUCACAGAAAGCUUUCAGGUUUUCUGCUCUGCACAUUUUACUCAUGCUAAUGAUCUACUGAUCCUCAGGUCCACAAGGGGGCACCCUGAUGCUGUUUUUGAGCUAUAGCAGUUGGGUGCAUCAUGGGGGGGGAUUUUUUUUUUCAAUAUACCAAAGAUUUAUUGUUCAUUCUUUGUAUAUCAAGUUAAUAACAGAUAUUUGACAGAACGGGUUGGGUUUUUGAGAAGAGAUGAUAUUUAUGUGUUAAGAAGAUAUGAAAUGUAUAAGAACGUUGAGUUUUCUUUAAGGUUUAUGGUUCCCCUUAAUUUAAAAUUGUACAUUUUUUAUGAGAUUCUAAAAAGAAGAAUUGAUGAAAAAAAUCUUUUUUUCAAAGGUAGAAUUUAUAUGAAUUGUUGAAUGUAAUCUGCAACAUUAAAAUCCUUAUUAAUCCAGGUUGCCAUAUACUUUUGAUAAUCAGCCAAAUGUAAGUAUUGUUUCCCAUUAAUAAUAUUGUUAUUAUUGUUGUUUUGAUUAAUGUGCUGUCAAAUGAAGGAAACUGAGUCAAAUGACAAUUUAUACAAUCAACAUUUGCCAGUCUAAGAAGUGUUUAAAUAUAUGUAACAUGAUGUAAGCAUUUAUGAUCUUAUGUCUGGAAUUUUAUUGGUGAGGUGGCUGAGAGUAUUUGUUGAUUUUAAAGA